CUAUAAGAGGGCGUCCCUGCGGGUACUGCUGCCACCAAGACCUGCCCACUGCCACCAGCUGCCACCAUGCUGACCGCCGAGGACAAGAAGCUGAUCCUGCAGGUGUGGGAGAAGAUUGCGAACCAGCAGGAUGACUGUGGAAGAGAGGCCCUGGAGAGGAUGUUCUGCGUCUACCCCCAGACCAAGACCUACUUCCCCCACUUCGACCUGAACCCCGGCUCUGACCAGGUCCGCAGCCACGGCAAGAAGGUAGUGGCUGCCUUGAGUAAUGCCGUCAAGAACCUGGACAACCUCAGCCAGGCCCUGUCUGAGCUCAGCAACCUGCAUGCCUACAACCUGCGCGUCGACCCCGUCAACUUCAAGCUGCUGUCGCAGUGCUUCCAGGUGGUGCUGGCUGCACACCUGGGCAAGGACUACACCCCUGAGGUCCAUGCCGCCUUUGACAAGUUCCUGUCAGCCGUGGCCGCCGUGCUGGCUGAGAAGUACAGAUGAGCCAUCGCCCACACCCAAGUGCCAUCAAUAAAGACACCUUUGCCACA